UUCGCGCGAAAAGUGUCCCAUCCUUGUUUGGACCUGGAUCAGCUGGGACAAUAACAACAACUACGGACGACUACAGGACAGAGAAAGACGUUUUCAGAAAUGAACUGCACCCGCCGCGAGCUUCUUGCGGCCGAGCAUAUGCUGAUUUGGCGGAUCCACUUAUUUACGGGAGGCUUUAUUUUCUGUCUUUUUUAAAAAGCUGCACUUUAGUCGGACAUCUUCCCGUAUGCCCCAACAAGCCGAGAGGGGUUGGGGCGAAUGACAUCGCUAGCAUGCUAAUAUGAUUAACUCUGUGUUCUUAUGUAGGACGUCAUUUAUUAAUGUCCCACUCAACGAACACUUUAUUAAAAUGGUCCGAACAUAACGGAAGCCUUUUGGUGGAGGUGAAGGCAACUGUCUUCGUGCCGCACAGCGCUUUUGACCCUUUCUGGGAAACCGCCGCAAAGUUUUUUUACUCGUCAUUUCAUUCAAGUUGCUGCCGUGUCGGGCGUUGUGUUGUUUCUCCUAAAACGUAAACGGCGACUUUGCCUCGUGUUUGUGCACUUUUCGUGUCGUCCCUCCAAGCGGCUAGCUCCUCGUUAGCAUGCUUGUCGGCGGGGCCUGGUCUCGUGCUGACAACCACAGGUGAAAACAAAAGGAUAGCAUGCUAGCUCGCCACCCAUCUGCUCAUUUUACUGCCUCGUUUGCUUUGUGUGCUUAAACCUCAGCUCUGGCUUCCCGAGCUGGUACGUAUUUGUCAUUAUUUGUAUUUCAAAUACAUUUGGUAGAACGUCACGCCCUGCAAUUUCACUCGGAAGUAGGAUUACAAUAUGGGUGUCAUACACUCAUGAGGAACUUCUCCAAAAAGUCUCCACAAGUUGCUCAAAAACACUUGAAGUCAAACGAUCACGCGGCCUCUUGCUCACAGAUACAAGAACCUUUUAAGUGGAGGACUUGUUGAGUUCGUGUGAAUCUAGUUCUGGCAUAGCAAACUGUGAGAGACCCCUGCCAUGUCAGAGACUCUGAUAACAGGCCACACGUCAGAGGAUCUGUUGGCUGACUUUGAGACUUUGCUCAACUCUGGAGGUGUCGCUCUUGGUCAGGACCACCAAAUAGUCAUCAUCACCAGCCCCAGUAAUGAGGGACUCCACCCGGACGCAGCCCCUUCCAGCACGGGAGAAAUCUUGCUGUUUGCUACCCCACAGGGAUCCGCUGAUGUGGCCUUCCAAGACGAGAGAAGGCCGUCCCUCGGAAGGCCAUCGGUUAAGAGGAAGUUGGACCUGGACAGCGACCAUCAGUAUGUUAGCACGAUCCGGCCAUCUUCAGGCCACGCGCCUCCCUCCACACCUGCCCCUCCUAGAGUUCCUCGCACCCUUACGGAGAGGUCUCGCUAUGACACCUCCUUGAACUUGACCACCAAGCGCUUUCUGGAUCUCCUGUCCCAGUCAGCUGACGGCGUGGUGGACCUGAACUGGGCCUCGCAGGUCCUGCAUGUCCAGAAGCGGCGCAUCUACGACAUAACCAAUGUCCUGGAAGGGAUCCAGCUCAUUUCUAAAAAGUCCAAGAACCACAUCCAAUGGCUCGGGAACCGCGUCGACGGGGCCUCGGUGGCCCUCCAGCAGGACCUGCGGAAGGAAGUGUGCAACCUCACCGCAGCGGAGGAGCGGCUCGACAAUCUCAUCUCCAAAUGCAAUCUUCAGUUCAGUUUGCUGACAGACGAGCCGCAGAGCAAGAGGCUGGGCUACGUGCGCUGCCAUGAUUUGAGGACGUCGUUUGAUACCUCGGACCAGUUGGUCAUGGUGAUCCGAGCUCCACCAGAGACCCAGAUGCAAGUCUCAGACCCCAGCGAGGGUUACCAGGUGUCGUUGAAGAGCACGCAAGGUCCCAUCGACGUCUUCCUCUGCCCGGACGACAGCUCCGGGGUUUGCAGCCCCGUGACGGGAAGCAGUCCCUCGAAAGCGAGCGUUGACCCCGCGGCGCACGCGCCGGCCCGCCGGUCUACACCCAGCAAAGAAAGAAGCUCCUCAACUUUGGAAGUUGCAUCGUCAUCCCCUGCGUCCACGUCGUCCACGGCGACAGCGGCGUCUCAGUCAGAGUCCUCGACGUUGUUGUUAGGUGGGCAAACGGAAUCCCUUCUGAACAGCGACCCGUUCUCAGGCCUGGGGGACAUGGCAGACUUUGACUUUUCCACGGACUUCCUCCACGGAGAGAGCCCCCCUCUCCCGCUGGAUGGUUUCAUCAACUUGUCUCCACCACACAGUCCCGACUACCACUUUGGCCUGGGCAGCGACUCGGGCAUCACCGAACUGUUCGAUUGCGACUUUGGCGACCUGUCACAAGUUUUGGGGGAGAGUUAAACAAGGGUUGGGGAGUUGGGGGGAUUUUAGCUCUGGGAAAGAGCAGACUAGUAUAGUGGACCCUCGGAGGUUCCACCUUUUUGUUUUGUUCCAAAUAGAACGGGUUCACCGUUGUAAAACUUUGAAAUACAGUGCAGGUGAGGUUUUAAAUAGCAUUGAAGUUUGUGCACACUCGUACCACACUUUGAGAUGCAUUGUAAUGGGCAACGUAAUUUCUCGAGAAUAAUGCACUUUUUUGCCCCCCCCCUCCCAAAAAAAAAGAGGGCAGCGGAAAUAUCAGAAAUAGAAGGGAGAUCUUAUACUGUACGCAGGUUCAGGGGACAAACAAAAUUCAUCACAAUGUAGAGCCGUUUACUGUUACCCCUAUGUUAAAGAUAAUAAUUAAUAUCUAAUGCUUCAAAUCUAUCAAUAAUAAUGUGCUGGUAUUGGUGUAACUACCCCAUGGAAUUUUUUUGCCGUCCCAAACUUCGCACACUUUCGAAAAAUAUUGGGAUAAAUGUUUUUUUGUUUGUUUUGCUACUCACUGUGAAUUCCAGAUUGUGGCAAAUGUUAUCAUAUCUGUUGCUACUACAUCAGUUGGAGGAAACUGAUUUAGUGUCUUGCAUUACUAGACCACAGAAAUGCAGUUUAGCCGUGAAUUAUACCUUGCACAUGCGUGUAAUUAUUAGCAGUUGUAAUUGCUUCGGUACAUGGAAGCUUUUCUCUGAGUGAUAAUAAAAUACAAAUUACUUUGCGGAUCAUAAUUACCUUAUUUUCAGCACUUACAAGGUGCUUUGGAGUAUAAGGUGCACCUUCAAUGAAAACUGUUUUCAUAUAUAAGGCGCACCGCAUUAUAAGGCGCAUCGAAUAGAAGCUACAAUAGUUGCUAUGGUUGCAUUAUGCAUCCACUAGAUGGAGCUACUCUAAAGAGAAUACAAUACAAUUCAGCAUUAUUUAUAUAGUGCUUUCCCUUCGCUGCCGCUGUAACAAAGCGCUUUCCAGAACAUUUAAAAUACUACGUCCAGGACAUCAGAAUAUUGAUCCAUAUUUCAGGCGAGCUCUCGGUUUCUGAGAAAAUGGAAUGAUUUUAGGUGCACCUUAUAGGGCGGAAAAUACAAUACAUGUUCAACAAGAGACAUUGAAACAUUCAUUGGGAUUUGGACGACUAUUCACAGUUGGAUGUCGUCUGUAAAUGGCCACGGAUUUUAUGUCGCCCCGUUUUUGUAGCCACUUCUCAGAGUGGAAAAAAUGUUUCCCACACCCUACUGAGUAUAUUACAACCAGCAAAUCGGGAGAGCGUAGUGGUCAUGUGUACAAAGAAAACUUAAGGCUGUGUAUAUUAUUUGAGUUUGUUAUUCUUGAGAAAUUACAUUCAUCCAGAUUUCAUUUAGUUGUUUUUUUCCCCAGUGUGGCUCUAAUACUCCUUUAUACUGUAACUUCCAAGUUUUACGACAAACCAGUCAAGCUCCGAGGGUCCAUUGUCGUACUUUAGACAACAUGAGCAAUAUUGAUUUUUUUUUGUUGUUUUUUUAAAUGUAACUUUUAUGUGCUUUUAAUUGAAAAUCACCCCCAAAAUUGUAUGGCACUUCCUGUUAGGACUUCAGCGCGGGUUUAGCUGUAUUUAAAUUAUUUAUGUGUAUAUAUAUAUAUUUUUUGAAGCGUUUUUUUUUUUUUUUUUUCAUUUUUGAUGGCAUGUGCAAGUAACUUGUGAGUUUGGAUCCGCAUCAGGUUUGGUAGCGCUUGCGCGAUCGCAGCUGGCGCCGCAGCUUGUCCCGUCGCGAGGUGUGACUUGAAAGGAGUUUGCGUACAAAUCUGAUGAUUUGCGUCUAAAUCACUGGAAGCCCUCAAGAUCGUUGUGGAUAGCGAGCUGUAGGGAUUUUAACUGGCGUAACGUAUUUUGCAGGUUGACCCUCAAUCUUCAUGGUUUAGAUGCCUUUCAUGGGAACGGUGCUGGUGAAGUUUAGCCGAGGUUGGAUGGUCCCGGAAGGUUAGUUCUCAAAGAACCCUCACAACCCUCAAAGUGUUCAGUGCGUGUGUGUGGUUUUUUUUUUCUUCAAACAAGAAUCGUGCUGUUGUUCUUAAGUGUACUUAAGUAAUAUGUCAAUUCGUAUUGAUGCCUUGAGUCGUUUGCCCUGCAGAUGGGUCAUCUUAUCUUGAGCGCAGCGAUCAAUAGUCAUGUGGUGGCUCAUAUACCGUACACUUAUCCAUGUAUAACACGAUCGUAUUUUUUGGGGGGGGUGAACGGCAAUAACAAACGUGUUUUCAAUUUGGCCAUUGGCCACCUUUGCAAAAUGUCGCUCUUUUGUAGAUACCAACUGCGUCGAAACAUUUUGCGCCUUCUAAUUUAUGUUUGCUAUUCCCCUUCCUAUUCCUUUUCGGGGGGAGAGGGUGCGCGUGAGGAUAAAUUAAUAAGCUUUUGUUGCAGCAUUGAAUUUGAUAUUUAUUAUUUGAUGACGUUCUAGAGAAGUGGUAGAGGUCUUCGUACCAGGAAGGGAUUUUUACCCUUAUCCAUGCAAAUGAUUCCCUGAGUAUUUUUUAUUUUAUUUUUUUUGCUUGUGAGCUAUUAGAGUGUUUUAUUUUGCGCAUCUGCCAAUGAUGGCAAAUGGGUCCUGAUUUGUAAUUUUGGAUUUCUCAGUCACUUUAAUCACAUUCAGUAUUGCGCAUAAAAUAUGUUUUGGGUUUCUGACUGUCCUUUUAAAAAAAAAAAAUCCUUCAAAUGCAUCUUUUCUCACUAACAUUGCGCAAGUAUGAAGUUUAUCAGCUGAGCAAAACAGGCGUCCACGUGUGCAAGCAUGUUUUAAAACCGGGAAAGCACCACCAGGGUUUGAAUCCCGCACCCUUUGACUCUCAGUAGUCUUGUUUGGAAUGUUUUUCGAAUGUUGUCAUGAUGAGAGUCCCCUAGAUAUCAACAUGGGCCAAAAAUGGAAUCUGUAGCUUCAAUUUUACAAAAUUUCGAUCCCGCCCCUCAUUCAGUGUUUUCUGCAGAGCCUAUCCUCUACUUUGUGCCGAAAAACUCAAUGAACAGUUUUUUGUUCUCUUUGUGGGGCUCCAAGAUAGUGGAUGAAAAUAGCUUGUCACAUUUGUCCACCCCAUGUGUUUUUUUUUCCAACCACUCUAAGCCAUUGAUUUUGAAGAUUGAAUAAUGUUGGAUGAGUUUGAAAUUAUGAUGUGGGGUUUUUUUUCAUCUGGGGGUAUAUUUACAGUUUAAGCACAAUUAAUAUGUGCAAUUGUAAAAGUUCCUUGAAAUUGUACUUUCAUCUACUUGCUGAUUGGAAUGCAGACAUGGAAUUAAUGGAUCCUGAUUUCAUUGAUUGGGGCGGAGGGUGUUAAGCAACAUGUCGGGUUUUUGGAUAUUAUUAGGUGGCAGUAUUAGUUUAUAUUUUCUUGACAGUUUAAAAGUUUUCCAAAUUGCUGAUUUUGAAAAGAUAUGUUGUGCCGGCUCAAGCGAAUGCAGCAUUUUUUGAUUAAAAAAAAAUAUA